AUGCAAUCUUAAUCUAUAGGAGAAGUAUUUCAAUUUAACUUAUAAAGGAUUAUUUAGUUAAAACUGAAGCCAAAGGUGAAAGUCUAGCAAACAAUAGUAAAUUAAAUAAAGAAAGUUCUAUGAUUGAAUAAGAAACCAAUAAUAAUAUCAAGUUGAUUCCUGAUGAUAAAGAAAAGUUCUUUGAAAUAAUAUUGAAAGAAUAGGUUAAAAAUAUGUUUAAUAUUAUUAGUAAAUGAGAUUGGAUAAGAAAUAUCAAGAUAUGUAUGGAUAAUAUCCUGGGAAUCUCGAGGAUAUGAUUCGUUCAGAAGUAUUUAAAUAAUAUGGAUAUGAUGAUUGUCCUUCAAAUCAUAAAUUAUAUUAUGUUUUGACUCAGAAAUACAGAAAUGAUCCUGAAUUGAAAAAAUAAGUAUUCUUUUGGAGAAAUAAUGUAAUGUAAGGAUGUAGACUUUCUUUGAACCAAGAACCACCUAAAAUUCAAUUGUUUAAUUUAUAAAGUUAGAGAGUUUCCCUCAAAGAAUUAAUGUUACAGAGUCAUUAAGAGAAUAGACUUCUUGUUGUUUAUUCUGGUAGCAUUACAUGACCUCCAUAUCGUGAAGCUAUAGCUGAUUACAUUGCAUUUGCAUAAAAAUAUAAAGAUAUUUGCAAAUGCAUUAUUACAUAUGUAAAGGAGGCUCAUUUUGUUGAGAGAGAUGAAUAAGGCAAAUUUGUAGAUGGAUGGCCUAUUGGAUUCUAUGAAUAUGAAUAUCCAUAACACAAAUCUCAGAAAGAUAGAUAGUAAAUGGCUAAAAUGCUUCAAGAAUAGUUUCAUAUUCCAAAGGAUUUAGAUGUCUAUUAAGAUUAAUUUCCUGAUAAUUUAUUUGAUGAAUCUUUUGGAAUUUGGCCAUUUAAUAUGGUUGUUUUCAAGGAAUGUAAAUUUAUAUGGAGAGGAAUCUUAAAUUUAGAGGGUUUAAAAGAGAAAUAUCAUUCUAAAUAAUUAGAAAAUCAUUUAUAAAAUCUUAAAUAUUGA